AUGAAGUUUCCGGCAGCAGUCCGCGACAUCAACACGUUUGAAAAGGGAAACCCCGCCUUGGCCAUUAAUGUAUUUUCCUGCGAGGUGUCGCAAGGGAAAGCGUUGUAUUUCCCACUGCGCAUAUCUGCCCACUGCAAGACGCGGCAAACGCUGUCACUUCUGUAUUAUAACGAACAUUACGGCUACAUCACGUCAAAAUCGAGCCUGUUUUCAUCUCAGAUCUCAAAAUCAGACAGGCACAAACGCUUUUACUGCGACCGAUGCCUAUACCCAUUUUCAACAAGUGGGGCUCUCAAGGAGCACGAGGCAGUUUGCGGCAGCAAUAAUCAAAUUAUUGUUAUGCCAAAGGGUGAAAACGCUACUGUAAAAUUCACCCGCUUCGAGUUCACUGAACCUGUAAAUUUUCGCAUAAUAUUUGACACGGAAUCUCUUCUUGUUCCCAUUGCGACGGCGCGGCCGUCCCCCCUCCACUCGUGGAAUAACAAGACGCAGGAACAUCACAUGUUUACAUUCACCUUCAUGAUUGUUGAUUAUAUGGGGAGGGUCGUGACCGAGCCAACCUACUAUAGCGGGUGGGACGCGGCCGACGUGCUUCUGAGCCGAUUGCUCGAAGAGGCCAAAAAGCUUUUGGACCGGCCUGAGCUGCCGAUGGGCCCUUUGUCUCCGGCCGAAAUCUUGCGUCACGAUCAAGCCACACAAUGCGAGCGCUGCCUUCGGGAAUUUUCUGAACACAACCCGAAGCGGCACCACCACAAUCAUUGCUUUGGGAAUUAUGUCGGUCCGCUGUGCAACGAGUGCAACUUGCGCAUCAAGCACGAGUCCCACGUAAUUAAGGCGUACGCUCAUAACCUAAAGGGGUACGAUGGGCUCUCUCUGCUUAGGGCCAUUGCUAGGCGCUUCGAUGCCAACAUUGAUCACUUUUCCGCAGUGCCUAAAACAAUAUGUAAAUAUAUCACAUUUAGGUACAAUUGCCUCCAAUUUUGUGACACCUUGCAGUUCAUGCCUGCCAGUUUAGAUUCGCUUAUCAAUUCCCUUGCUCCCCACGAGUUUGGCAUUUUUGAAGCACAUUUCCAGGCCCAACCUGCAGACGUUUUGAAGGCUCUGCGCCAAAAACUGCCCUGCCCCUACGAGGCCUUGACGGGGCCAGAGGUGCUCUCUGAGCCGCGGCUGCCUCCCAUAGAGUCCUUUUAUUCCUCGCUUAGUGAGAGUUGCAUAACUCAGAGUGAAUAUGAGCACGCUCUUUAUGUGUUUGAAGUCAUGGGAUGCCAGUCGGUGGGCGACUACCUGAGGCUCUAUAACAUUGUUGACGUGCUCAUGUUGGCAUGCGUGUGGCAUAGCUUUGUCACAACAAACCGAACCAAUUAUGCCCUUGAUCCCUCCCACUUCAUCACAGCUCCCAGCUAUUAUUACCAAUGCUGUCUUUUUAAAUCUAAAGAGACACUAGAAUUAGUUCAGGAUGUAAAUAUGUACUGGCAACUCAAUAAUAACAUUCGGGGCGGCUUUGCGGGCGCCUUUAAACGCGUCUGCAUUGCCAACAAUCCCCAAGUCUCAAAUUAUGACCCCCAAAAAGAACUCACAUAUUUGGGGCAAUUUGACCUAAAUAGUCUAUACACAACAACCCAGGCGACUUACAGCAUGCCCACCUCGGGCUAUCGCUACCUGUCUGAAAGUGAAUUGCGCUCAUUUGAGCUUGGAAGGGUAAACAACGAAUCGGCGGUGGGCUUUCUCAUUUGCUGUGACUUACAUUACCCCGAUGACAUUAAGGAAAAAACGCGCUAUCUGCCGCUCUGCCCCACCAACGAGCUUGUAACAUACUCCAUGCUCUCGGGCUACAACAAAAAAUUCCUGCAAAAAUACAAGCUGCGUUUCCCGCCCGGAGUCCGCAAAUUGCUUGCUACACAGCUCGACAAAAAGGAGAUACUCCUGCACGGGGAGGCCCUUGUCUUUUACCUGAGACACGGCCUUCAGCUGACAAAAAUUCACUACAUUAUUGAAUUCAAACAGAGCUUCUGGCUCCGGGACUGGGUCAACCUCAAUAACGACCUUCGGCGCUCCGCCACCACCACAACACAGAGCAAUGCCGCAAAAGCCGCAUGUAAUUCGGGCUCCUACGGCAGUUUUUUGUUGAGGAAGCAGCGUUUCAGGAAUGUCCGCUUUGAGGGUAGUAGUGGGGGUGUAAAAAAAGCCGUCCGGAUGCAGCUCGUCAGCGGGUGGCAAAUUGUGGAGGAUAACUGCGUUGCCAUUGAGACAAAACCACGUCGUGUUGUCAUGGACCGACCACUCAUUGUCGCGCUCUGCAUCCUGGACCUGUCAAAAAUCAUUCUUUACCGAUUUUUCUACGACAUUUUCAGCCCGCUUUUUGGCCCUUCUCUGAAGUGUGCGUACCUGGACACGGAUAGUCUGCUGCUUGAAGUACAGGGUGUUGACAUGUACAAGGAAUUGCACAAGGUGGCCGAGCACUUGGACACCAGCAACUUUCCCACAGAACACCCCCUUUACGACCCCACAGGAAAACAGAAGCUUAACAGGAUAAAAGAUCAGUAUGGUGGUAGAAUUAUAAGAGCGGGCUAUUUUCUGCGAAGCAAGCUGUAUGCCAUAGUGACGGAGGACAAUGAAAUCACAAAAAAAGCAAAGGGAGUAAAGAAAUCGGCAGUGCGUAAUAGAAUUUCACUUGCAGACUACAUAAGCUGCCUAGCCCAGCAGGGUCGCAUGAUGCACUCUUUUACGCGCCUGGAUGUAGAGGGCUUUCGCAUUUUUACCAAGGAGCUCAACCGAGUGUCACUAAGUAGCUAUGACGACAAGGUUUUCGUCAAAAUGGACGGCACUAUUCUCCCAUACGGACACCCCCAGGCGGUCGAUGGCUAUUGGCGGCCGUGGGAGUAG